GGUGCAGUGAGCAUGCUUUCUGCGGGGCGAGUGCAGGAGAACCCAAAUGGCUAUUUGAUCAAAGGAAAUGAGGACCCAUUUCACUGAGUCAUCUUCAUUCUAUUAGAGGGAACAGCACAGAGUUGUCUUCAUGUCAUCUGAUCAGGAUAGCUGCUACCUGUGUAAGGAAUACCUCAGGGAUUCUGUGUCCAUCCCAUGUGGCCACGUCUUCUGCUCCAUUUGCCUGAAAACAUACUGGGACCAUGCUGACCACACGGGUUCAUUCCUCUGCCCACAGUGCAGGGUCACCUACAACAAGAGGCCCACACCAAGACGCAUGGGAGGCUCCCGGCACUCCACCAUCCAACGUAACUCUGAAUCUUUUCCACCGCCGCCCCCGUCCCCUGACUACAACUAUGCAGGACCCCAGGAUGUAGGUUGUGACAUCUGCAUUGGCAAGAAGCACAAAGCCAUCAAGACCUGCCUGAUGUGUCUGGCCUCCUACUGUGAGAAGCACCUCAAGCCUCACUUUGAGUCAGCCACUUUUAAAAGGCACAAGCUGGUGGAUGAAAUCGGCCACCUGGACAGGCAGAUCUGUCCCCAGCAUCAGAAGGGUCUGGAGCUGUUCUGUCGCACUGACCAGAUGUGUAUCUGUGUGCUGUGUACGGUGAAAGAACACAAAGGUCACGACAUGGUUUCUGCUGAGCAGGAGAGGGCUGAGGAGCAGCAACGGCUGGGUGCCACCCAGGCUGAGAUCCAGGAGAAGAUUCAUGACCGGCUCAAGCAGAUGGAGGAACUAAAACAAGCAGUGGACUCGCUCAAGAACUCAGCUCAGAGAGCGCUGCAGGAAUGUGAGAAGAUGUUUGGCGACAUGAUGCGCUCCAUUGAGAGGAUGCAGCAGGAAAUGGCUAAGCUGAUCUCCUCCAACAAGAGAGCGGCACUCAACAACGCAGAGGGCCACAUGGAGCGUCUGAGCCAUGAGAUCGCUGACCUGAAGAGGAGAGACAACGAGAUCACCCAGCUGUCCCGCACUGAAGACCACAUCCACUUCAUCCAGAGCUACCACAUGCUGAUAGCUCAGACAGAGGCUGAGGAGCUGCCUACAGUGAGCGUCAACCCCUACUUCACCUUCGGCCCAGUGACUAAGGCCGUCUCUGAGAUGAAACAGCACUUGAAUGAAUUCAGCAAUGAUGAACUGGUUAAGGUAGCCAAGGCAGUCAACAAAAUGACCUUCUGUCAACUGGAUGAAUCCAAAAAGAGACGGUCAAUAAGAAAGGAUGAAGCUGCCAUGUACAAAUCUGUACCAGUCCAGGAACCUCAGUACAGGGAGGAUUUCCUGAAAUAUGCUUGUCAACUCACUCUGGACCCAAACACAGCCUACAGACAACUCUACUUGUCUCGAGGUAACAGGAAAGCUUCCCUCAAGAGAGACCCCCAGUCCUACGGUGACAACCCCGCCAGGUUUGACUCCCUGCCCCAAGUCCUGUGUAAGGAGCCCCUCUCUGGAGGCGCCUACUACUGGGAGGUUGACUGGAGCGGGGAGGGGGCUGCCAUCGGUGUCACCUACAAAGGCAUCAAGAGGACCGGCUAUGGAGACAGUUGCCGCAUCGGCUACAACCGCAAGUCUUGGAGCCUCUUCUGCUCUGAUUCUAGCUACUCAGCCCGCCACAACAAGGACCAAAUAGAUAUCAACCUGCCCUAUUCCUCCCGUAUAGGGGUGUUCCUAGACCAAGCUGGGGGUACCCUCUCUUUCUACACUGUAGGGGACACCAUGUCUCUCAUCCACCGCUUUAAAGCAUCUUUUAGUGAAGCCGUCUAUCCUGGCUUCUGGGUUUGGUAUGAGUCGGCCAUCACCAUCAUCCAGCUGUAAAAUAGCUCACUUCCAAUAAUCAAUGUACAACAGUGAUUCAGUUUUGGUAUGGAUAUACUGAAUAAAACUAUUAUUACUCCGUGAUGAUAUGUUAUAUUCUAUUCUUUUACAAGAUUGGAGAUGUUCUUUUUUUUAGACUAUACAAUAUGUGUUGAGUAUCAGGGGACCUGUUUUUGAUGACUGCGAAUGUUCUACAAAUCAACUUGUUUUAUACAAGCUCAGGUGUGUAAAGUGAAUGAGCAUUUAAAUUAUUUAAAGUAAUGAAGUCUGUACUUGAUUGAAAUAUGUCAUUUG